AUGACCAUGGAGGCAUGGUACCACAUCUACUGUGGCUGGUGUGAUUCGAACAAGGUCCCACCUGAAGAGCGUGCUAGCAACCGGACUUUCCGGACCGUGUAUGAUCAGACCUGGAAGGUGACAAUGCCAAUGCGGGAGAUUUCGCAGCAUGCGAGGUGCUCCCAGUGCGCUCACUUCACUGCUCGAAUUGGGCAUGUCCACACGGCUGACGAAAAGGCUGCUUUGGAGCACUGUCAGAAUAUCCAUUUGUCCAAUGUUCGAGCCUAUCGGACCCUACAGGCCAGGCUGGCCACAUUGUCCGAGCAGUCGACGGUGGUGGACGCUACGGAGACUUGCCUGAUGAUUUCUGUGGACGGCUUGGAUCAAGCGAAGACCCGGUGGCCUAGAAAUCUUUCUUCCUCCAAGAGCUUGGACAAGCUGUGGCGGCCACAGGUCCACUUGAUUGGCUACAUCUGCCACGGCGUUUGUGAAGGAUUCUUCGUGGUUCCUGCUGAUGUUCCCAAUGACUCGAGUUGUGAGAUCACUGUGAUUGAGACCAUUUUGGAUUGGGCCCAUGAUAUCCUUCGAUCUCGCAAGUGCUCCAUGCCCACAAACUUGGUCUUGGAGACCGACAAUUGCGCGCGAGAAGGGAAAAAUUCCAUCGUAGCAAAGUGGUCAUGCCAAGCAGUGGCGAAGGGAAAGUUCCUGUCCGUCUCCCAUAUCUAUGGGGAGGACUUUCUGAAGAUCUUGGACACAAAGGUUUCUCCAGUGAAGGGCCGAGAGUUGAAGAACGGGAUGCUUGAGGGGACUUGGGAUUACAAGACCUGGGUGGAGCAAUUGGGGCUUCAGAUCUCAGGGCUGGUUCCGAAUGCGCGUGCGGUUGGUGGGGAUGAACAUCGGGUGAACCACUCUUGGCGGUUCAUUCGGCGAUGUGAGCUCAGCUACACACCCUGUGAUCACGAUGUCAUCUUUCUCGCAAAGGAGCUGGUGAACAGCAACGAGCUGUCUCAAAGGCCUUUGGUGGCACUUCCCAAGGACUUCUUGGCCAAACUCAAAGAACCCUUGAAGCUGAUUCUUCGCAAUCCAAUUCCAGAGCGAUCCCUGAAAGAGUUUCUGAAGACUGCGCGAGUCAUUGAGCAAGAACCUUGGUAUCUUCUCCGGGCUGCGGAGGAGCUUCGUCACUGGAUCGAUAUGAAUCAAAAGAAGAGCUGGCCCGUUCCCCAUAUGCCGGUUUGGAUGCACCAAGCUGACACACGCCCUGUUGGAGUCGAACCCAAUCCUACGGGGUGGGAGAAGUUUGCGCCGGGUCCUGUCCGCCAGAUCCAAGUCGUUGAGCAGAAGCCCCCGGCAGAGCCCAAACCAAAACGCCAACCCAAAAGAGCAGAACCCAAGGAAGCAUGCGAACCCAAGAAACGGGGGCGGCCUCGAAAGCACCCCAUUCUUGUUCCCAAUGCUGCUGCUGUGCCCGACCAGCUGAGCCAGGGUGGGAAUGGGGUUGAUGCUGCGAAUGCUGAGGUUGGAGGUGGUGCUGCGAAUGCUGAGGUUGCAGGUGGUGCUGCUGCGAAUGCUGAGGUUGCAGCUUCUGCAGCGAAUGCUGAGGCUGAAGGUCCAGGUGCUGGUAUUGCUGAACUCCCUCAGGUUCAACGUGUGAUGCAGCUGGACGAGUCCAUCAAGCUCAUCAGUUUUGAUCAAUGUAUGUAUGGUCUUGUUUCUAAGGAAACAAAGACACCGAUGCAGAAGCGGACCUGCAUGCUGACAAAUUUGCGAGAAGCGAUGCCAAAGGCAGUGAUCAUGACUUCAGGGGAUGAGUGGAAGAAACAACGCUUUUUUGAUUCUCAUCCGGGGUGCUGGACACUGCUGAGGUCCAUGAACCUUGGUUCCACCCACUGGGUUCACCUACUGCCUUUUGUAGGUGCAGAUGAUGAAUGGGCAAGGAAGAGCUUGCCUCAGAUUUGCUGGGGGGAGACGUUGGGCUUUAACGAUUGCCACCAUCAAUUGGCUUGGGGCCUGGUGGAGAUGCUGGCUCACCCAGUGGUUAUGGGUGGUUGGUAG